AUUUCCAUUAGGGAUAAUCUGUCUGCUGGAUAGGUGGGAUGCAGUUGGGAGUCUUCCCCAAAGAAUAAGCCAAAGGAAUAUUUUCAGUUUAGGGGGGCAUCUAGCUUUCCAAAUGCAACUCCAUUUAUCACUUGAGUCUGUGUCAGGGAAGUGGGUGUUCCAAAUGGUGUUGUAAGCUGUUUUUGAGUCAAAGUGGAGCCCUUUUGAUAGAGAGCAGAAGGGGGCAUCCUCACCAAACUGAGGGAUGAGAAUGGCUUGAAUCCAUUGGAUUAAGUCAGUGGGUAGGGUGAAGGAAAUGCAGCUUAAGUUCCAAUGGCCAUCCCUCCUAAUGUCACUAAUCUAUAAUACAAGGACCCCUAACCAGAGAUGAAUUUGCCUUAAGCCUUCUUCGUUUCCUUCUUUGAGUAGCAGUUUCCUUCUCACAACUUCAGAAGAAAGCGAAUUAGAGAUCGAAAUUGAUUAGGGUUAAUCAUCAAAAUCACGACCGGCAAUUGGAUUCAUUUACUGGUUAUAGGGUUUGUGAGUAUGAUUUGAAGAGUUUCGCUUGGAGUAGAUGCGAACCUGGAGCAAUACAAUUGGUGGAGGUUCAGGAGCUGCGGGACUUUCCUCCACCUUAGAAACUGGAGGAAGUAGUGGGUCCAUUAUGCUUGCCGCUUUAAGAGCCGGUGCUGGUGCCCUUGAUGGAGGAAGUGUUUCUGGCGCUGCUAUUUCUAGCAAUGCCCUUGGUUCCACUAGUGUUAUUGGGUAUUCCAGGUGUUUAAUAGCGACACAAUGUUCAUCAGCAAUUAGCUAUUUAUAGAUUCGAGAAAACCAACUUGAUCUCACCAGACAACAAUGAAAUGCAGGAAGAAAACCAAAUUAAUAUCCUGAAUGAUAAUUUACUAUAAUUCACAAUGAAAUGCAAGGUGGUUCCUGAAUGAUAAUUUACUAUGUUAACCUGGCUUCUAUUAUACGAGAAGAUGUUUCACUCGAGUGUUUUCCUAGAGGCUAGCCUAGUUUUAUCUUGUGACAAUUUGAGAAAAUAAUUUCGAGUCUGGUUCUGUAGAUUGAAUCUAAUCUUGUUCUUUAGCUUUAAGUUGAACUCACUGGUUCUGGUUCUUUA